AUGGCAACACAAUUUCCAACAUACGACGAUGAUAAGAUUAUGCCUGCAGCUGCAGCUGUCACUGCCAUCGGUGAUGAAGAUGUUGGACCAAUGAAGGACGAUGUCAGAGUUGAUGUCCAUACCAAUCUUUACGAUGGUGUCCAAAGGAAAAUGGAGCAGAGACAUAUGCAAAUGAUCGCCUUGGCAGGUACACUUGGAACCGGUCUAUUUUUGGGUUCAGGAAAGACGAUCGCGCAUGGUGGACCUGUUGGAUCUUUACUCGCCUUCAUCUUGUGUGGAUCUAUUGCAUACUCGAUGUUGGUCUCCGUCGGUGAGAUGGCAGUUUAUGCACCUAUUUCAGGAGGUUAUAUCCAUUACAUUGAAAGGUGGUUAAACCCUUCAGUGGGAUUCGCGGUUGGAUGGCAGGUCUGCUUUCAAUAUUGCUUGUUUUUACCCUCAGAGGUAAUUGCUGCUAGUAUUCUUAUUUCAUACUGGGAUACUGCGUUCCCGGUAUCGCAUCAAGCUGGAUACAUGGUUGCUUUGAUUAUUGGUGCCGCUGGGAUAAACUUCUUCGGUGUUCGUUGGUUUGGUGAAAGCGAGUUCAUUUUUGCAUUUAUCAAAAUCGCCUUGGUCGUCGGUUUGAUCAUUGGGGGUAUAGUCAUUGAUCUAGGUGGUGGACCAACUCACGACAGAAUUGGAUUUCGAUAUUGGAAGAACCCAGGCGCAUUUGCAGAAUACCAUUCACCUGGUGAUUUAGGGAAGUUCUUAGGAUUCUUCACCAAUCUAUUACAAGCUGCGGGAUCGUUUUCAGGAAUUGAAAGUAUCGCUGUUGCAGCCGCUGAAGUCAAGAAUCCUCGAGUCGCCUUAACCAAAGCUAUUCAAAAGUUAUUCUGGAGAAUAACAAUCUUUUACAUCCUGUUAAUCUUUGUGGUCGGUUUGUUAGUCCCAUACAACGAUACAUCUUUGCUACAAUCAACUGGUACAGCAGCUUCAUCGCCUUUCGUCAUCGCCUUCCAAAGAGCCGGAGUUAAAGCUUUACCAAGUAUAAUCAAUGCCGCUGUUCUCACUUCAGCUUUCUCAGCUGGAAGUUCUUUGAUGUAUUCAGUUAGUAGGAUGUUGUAUGGUUUAUCGUUAAGAGGUUACGCUCCCAGACAAUUGUCAAAGACAACCAAAGAUGGUCUACCAAUUGUUUCCCUCUGUAUCGUUUCUCUGUUCUUUGGUCUAUCGUUCAUGACUCUAAGUAAAGGUGCUUCGACUGUACUCAACUGGUUAUCAAACUUGAAUGCUUUGAUCGGAUUUAUUACAUGGGGUACAAUCGGAGUAACUUAUCUCAGGUUCAAAAAAGGUCUCGAAGCUCAAGGAAUCGAUCGGAAAACGUUACACUACUGGAAUCGAUUCCAACCUUGGCCUGCAUACUGGGUGAUCUUUUGGUCGGCCCUCAUCAUAGUAUUCAACGGCUGGGAAGUAUUCACCAAAGGUCAUUGGAGCCCAUCCGAUUUCGUCAUUGCCUACAUCACCAUUCCAGUUUUCUCAAUUUUGGUCGGCGGAUAUUGGUUAGUCAAGAGACCGAAACAUCUCAAAGUGGAAGAAUUAGAUAUGUACUCCAACAUCCCAACGGAUGAAGAAGUCUCUUACGAAGAGCCACCUCCCAAGAAUUUCGGUGUGAAAGUCGUUAAUUUCUUGUUCACUUAG